CCCAAUUGAGCCUAUGAAUAUGUGUUCGCGGGUUCAGGCACAGCCAAAUGGGUAUAUUGAGGAUCAACCACCAUUUAUACAGACUGAGAACAUGAAGGCAUUUAAGAAGACUCCUACUUAUCUCACUGACCAGCAGAAAAGUCAAAGCUCUCGUUUGCAGAACUACACAACUGCUUAUUUCAAGAACCAGAAUAAGGAAAGAAAUUUAAAAAUUGAUGUCGACCUGAACUGUAUGGGAGUCCCUGAAAACUCCCUCAAUGAGAGUUGAAAGACGCAAGUCCCUCAAGUACCUCAGCCUCGGUUGGGCAAAGCCUCAAAAGUCUAGUUUUGCAAGACGCUUUUUCAGAUCGGAAACACAGCACAAGAACUGACGGUGAUAUCAAAAAGUUUCAGGCGAAUUUCUACCACGAAGACAUGAGAACAGAGUUUAGAAAAUACCCGAAUCAGUCCUCAUCAAUAACUCCUAAAAUAGGACUGUAUCCUGCCUCAAAAGGGAUGCAGGGAUUUGACCCAAAACUAUCCAAAAGAAACUUCAAAACCAAAACAUGAAAGUCUUCUAGUAGGAUCAAAUCCAGGAAUUCUAACAAGCCGAGGGAGUCCAACAUUGUGAUCACUAAGGAUGAGGAGAACAACGUGUAUCACAUUGUUUCGAAAGAGAGCCUUGUUCAUAAUUCGAAAAAUGCACAACACCAAAAGUCACAAAAACUUGAUUUAAAAAAUAACAAGAGGAAGGAGUCUAAAUUGUCAUCUUCAGAGAUCAAGCAGAAGAAAAGCAAGAUUAAGAAGGUCAUCAGAGACCACAAAAACCAAGAAAAUAGAAGGAAAAAGGCUAGAGGGCAUCAUAAAGGUGUUCUUUUCGAGUCGAUGAUCAAGAAAAUCGCUCAGAAAAAGAGGGAGGAGGCCAGGAAUAAUGCUUUUUCUCGAUCUGGUAAAUCUCCUGAGUUCAACUCUCUCGCAGAUCGAAGUUCUGAGGCUACUUUCCCUCUCAAGAAUAAUGAAUUCAGUCUUAUAAUGUAUAGAAACGAGGAUUAUAAAUCAAGUACCUUCACGGGAGCGGAUGUAGAAUCAAGCUUGUUGAUAAAUAAGGACCGAAAACCUCCUCUAAAUCCAACCACAACAGAUGACAAAGAAGAGAAGAGCUAUAUAUUUGAGCAAAAACUCAAUCCAACUCCUCAAUGUGAGGAUGAUGAGAUCAUGGACUCACAAUUCCUCAGCUCCAACUCUUCUGUGAAUGACAUUAGUGAUAUUGAGGAGCAUUCAGGGCUUAAAAAACUUGAAAAACACCUCGGAAAUAAUGAAAGUUUGGGCCAGACCAGCUUUGACCAGGAAGAGCAGAAGGUUCAGUUAGUUACAGAAAUCUCUCAGUGCCAAGAUGAAGAGAUUAUUGAGAGUAGCCAGAGGCCAAUCCAAGAGACCAACAUCUCUAUUAAAUCCAAAAGAAUGGAGGAAUACAAUGAUAACUCUGGAGAAGAUAAUUAUAUAAACUCUUCAUACACAGGAGACGAAAAAUCGAUGAUUAAGAUGAGGUGAGAAGAUGAGAUCCUCAAAAGUACAGAGCUCAAGCUGAAGCAGAGGACCAGAAACUCUUCCAAGCACCCACCAAUGCUGCAACAAGCACGGAUCUAUUACAACACACAGGCACAUAGGAUGCACAAGCUCGAAGAGCCAUCAGAAAUCUCCAAUUCAAAAAUGAAGCCGAGAAGGAAAUUCAAAGAGCCUCGCAUGAACAAAAUAAAGAAGGAAAUAAAGCUCUCUAAAUACUCCAAAAAGAAAGGCUUCAAGAGCAGGAAUGCCAAAGGUGGCAUGGGUGGAAACAACAUGAAAAGUCUACCUGAAAAGCAGAACUUUGUUAGCGGGUUCUCUAAUAAUGCCCAGAAUUCUUCAAAAAGAUUUGAAAUGAAUAGCCAUCGGAAAGGCAAACUUACUACUCAUGGCUCUAAAGGAAACAUUCCAAAAGUUGACUUCAAAGGAAUUUUGUACAAACAAAGUCAUGAGAACUUCAAUAAUAAUUCUCACAAUAUGCAUUCAAAAGAGAGCAGUGAAGCUUCAAUAAUAGAUUCCCCCAAAAUUGCGAAAAAGGAGAAAAUUAAUGAACUCUCAGUGCUCAAGGUUCAGAAAAUCCAUCACCAAGGGAAAAAGAGGCAGAAGUACAAAUUAUACCUCGUAGAAGACAGCAAUAGCAGGUAUUUUCACUAUCUCAUUAUUUCAGAGAUCUCACUCAAACUAACGAUACCACCGGGAGAAAAUCAGGUGGCGGGAUGUCUAAUCUAGAGUCAAACUCCAUUCUGAACAAGAACCAGCUGCUCAAGUCUGGUAACUUAAAAUUUAAGACAACCUCACAGCUAAAUGGCAGAGUUAAAAAGGCUAAAUAGAGGAACUAAUUUAGAC